CUAUGUUUAGACCGUAUGUAACAGAUUAAGAGUCAAUCUCCAAAUCUUUUGCAAAGACAAAAUUCCAAAUGGGUGUGAUAACAGUGGUAGAUAUUGAUUAUGGACAUAUUUUUGGUCCGUUUCCUAUAUCAAGCACGGCUAUGGAUCCAACGUAUGCUAUUGGAAUGCUGACGCAAGACACACAACACCAGGGACCAAUGUUAGAGAUUGACCCUUCAAUAAAUAAUGGGUUGGCACGUGGAAUGGAAUGGCUGGCUUACAUCAACCCAGCCAGAAAUGAAGAUGAACAAAAUAUGGAGGCGUACGUGAAGAAUAAAGAAGUGUUUUAUAGGGCGUUACGUAUAAUAAAAUCGAGAGAAGAACUCUUAGUGUGGUACAGUAAAGACUUCUGUCAGUUGAUUGAUGUACCAGAAGUUAAAAGAAUACCACUUGCAGAAAAUGAAAAAUAUAUUUGUUCAAGAUGUGGAGAAACAUUCGAAUAUAUAUUCUCACUUAAAGCACACAUGAAGUUUAAAUGUGAAGUUGGAUCACAUAAAAUGCGGUUAAAUAAGCAAAGUUUAUCUGUGUCAACUGAAUUGGAGAGUAACCAUUGUCGGAAAAGAAGUUUAGAACAUUCAGAGGACAUCGCAAAUAAAAAGUUUCUGAAAGAAAAUGUCCAUGGUAUUGAUAAAAUAAUGUUAUCGAAAGACUAUAGAGAUGUAAAUUCUAAUGUACCAAAUCAUGCUCACGAAAAGUCCGAUCUCUGCUCGAGUGCGUUUAGAAAAGUUGAAAAAGAAGCCAUUUCUAGUCCAAAAGAUGAAAAUAAAGUUGAUGUUUCUCAGAAAGACAAAACAAACAUGAAAUAUGAAAAUGACCGACUCUGUGUUCCUCCAUAUGUGUCUCUACCAGUAUCAACUAAGGAGUGUUUUGUUCCUCCAGAUAUGUUAUCCACACUCAUGAUACCACGUGGUAUGAUGAACGCUAGCAUUAACACAGACAUACAUAAUAAAGUGAUGGACACUUAUGGUAUAGGAAUGGCAUAUCCAUUUUCUGUGCAAAAUUCAAUUAUGGGAAACAUGGAAAGUUUAUCGCCGAAUUCUAGAAAACAGUAUUUAAUGAAUAUGAAUAGUAGUUUGACUGCUUCAAUACCAUUUUCCAAAAGUGCAAAUCCUAUGGUUGAGAAGAUUCUCCAAACAAGUAAUAUGGCAAUGUUGCAUAAACCACUGCCCGCUUUGACACAAUCUACAAACUGGUGCGCAAAGUGUAAUACGUCAUUCCGAAUGACCAGUGACCUAGUUUAUCACAUGCGGUCCCAUCAUUCAAAAGAAAGUCCAACCGUUAUUAAAAAAAGAGACGAUAAACUUAAAUGUAAUAUUUGUCAAGAAACAUUUAAGGAACGCCAUCAUUUGACUCGUCAUAUGACAUCACAUCAAUAAAUUUUAUAACUACUGCCUACCUGUACUAUUUUAAGCGGCUCGACAUAUAGUCUCCGUUUUUGUAUGUCGAUCUGCUCGAAACUUAUGGUUUCAGAAUAGCGUACUUCAAUAUAGGCAACACAAGGGCAAACAACACAAAUAUUGGCAACACAAGGGCGUACAACACCAAUAUUGGCAACACAAGUGCAAACAACACCAAUAUUGGCAACACAAUGGCAAACAGCACCACCUGCAGGAUAAAUAGGUGGAAGAAACAAUAGUUUACAAAACACCAUACAAAAAACAAUAAUGGCAUUCCGAUCCACGCCAAUAAAUUGGAGUUAAAGCAAGGGUUCCACAAGGUAAUAAGGUUUGAAUUACUUCAUGGAUAUCUUUAGAAAUGGUCAUAAGUCAUAUUAAAUUUUCAACAAAUUUUAUGGUUUUCAGAAAAUAGUUUUAGCUCUCUGACAGAACGUGUUCAUUUAAUAAAAUGAUCGUAAACCAUUAAACUUGGUUAAGUAUAAUUUUCAACAUGGUUGAUCCAACUAUUCAGAUGUUAAUAUUAGACCUUGAAAAAUUAAAUCAUAAAAAGCAAAACAGAUUUUAUACUGUCGACUUUUUUAAUUAUCCUAUCGACGCACUCGGUCUUGAUGCCUUAUUUCAUGCGAUUCUCUCAGUUUUUGUUUGUUACUUUGAUUUGUAUUUUCUUAUUCGAUUUAUGAGAUUUUAACAUCAGUAAACUUCAGUUGCCUAAAUAUAGAUUGUUUGAAAUAGUACUUACAUUUUAAAUUAGUGAUGAUUUGGUUUCAGUUUUCGAGAUGUUCCCAUGAAGAAGUUCCAUGCUAUUGUCUAACAAGUCCUGUUUAUAAUCUAAAUAUGAUUUGUUUUACUGUUCAAGAGUUAUGCCUAUUAAUCUAAUAUACAAGUACUGUUGGGUAUUGGUUCUAACGUCUUAUAUAUAAAUACGUUAGUAGUUAGUGAUAUAUAAAUAAAAGGAGAUAAUACGAAUAUUUCAUCUGCCACUUAUAUAAU